CUGCUCAGUACUGCUGCCGGGUCUUUGAACGUGGUCGACACAGGCUCACUGGUUCCUCAAAAUGCGGCUUCUCUGCAUUUUGCUCCCCCUGGUCGGCUUAAUAUCGGCCGACCCCACCGUAUACUUCAAAGAAGAGUUCAACGAUGGAGAGGCGUGGAAGGACCGGUGGGUCGAGUCGACGAAAGGCGACAACCUCGGAAAGUUUGUUCUCACCGCGGGCAAGUUUUACGGCGAUGAGGAGAAAAGCAAGGGACUGCAGACCUCCGAAGACGCCCGGUUCUACGGCAUCUCGGCCAAGUUCGAGCCCUUCUCCAACGAGGGCAAGACGCUGGUGGUGCAGUUCACCGUCAAGCACGAGCAGAACAUCGACUGCGGCGGCGGCUACGUCAAGCUGUUCGACUGCAGUCUGGACCAGACGCAGAUGCACGGCGAGUCCCCGUACCUGAUCAUGUUCGGCCCGGACAUCUGUGGGCCGGGCACCAAGAAGGUGCACGUCAUCUUUAACUACAAGGGCAAGAACCACCUCAUCAACAAGGAGAUCCGCUGCAAGGACGACGUGUUCACCCACCUGUACACGCUGAUCGUCAAGCCCGACAACACCUACCAGGUCAAGAUCGACAACGAGGUGGUCGAGAAGGGUGAGCUCGAGAAGGACUGGUCUUUCCUGCCCCCCAAGAAGAUCAAGGACCCCGAGGCCAAGAAGCCCGAGGACUGGGACGACCGCGCCAAGAUCGACGACCCGGACGACAAGAAGCCCGAGGACUGGGACAAGCCCGAGUACAUCCCUGACCCCGACGCCACCAAGCCCGAGGACUGGGACGACGACAUGGACGGCGAGUGGGAGCCCCCGCAGAUCAACAACCCCGAGUACAAGGGCGAGUGGAAACCCAAGCAGAUCGACAACCCGGCCUACAAGGGGGCCUGGGUCCACCCGGAGAUCGACAACCCCGAGUACACGGCGGACCCCAAGCUGUACCACUACCCGGAGAUCUGCAAGGUGGGCUUCGACCUGUGGCAGGUCAAGUCCGGCACCAUCUUCGACAACCUGCUUAUCACCGACGACGAGGAGUACGCCCGCGUCCACGGCGAGGAGACCUGGGCCGCGCUUAAGGACGCCGAGAAAAAGAUGAAGGACAAGCAGGAGGAAGAGGAGGAGGCCAAGAGCAAGAAGGAGGACGACGCUAAGGACGAGGAUGAGUUCGAAGACGACGAGGAUAAGGAAGACAAGGACGAGAAGGAGGAGGAGACCACGCCCGCGCCGGACGACGAGGACCACAAGCACGAGGAGUUGUGAGCAAGUGGCAGGGCAGGACUCGAAAAAAAUCUUUUGUACAGGCAUCUCUCAUUAUUUUGUUUUUUCUCGCUCAUCCCGUGCUGUUUCACUCAUUUUUUUUCUCCUCCUCUCCCCCAUUUGUGGUGCAGCAAGAGAAAAUGGUUGAUUUAAUAAUAAAAAAAUAAAACAGGCUCUCUCCUGGUUA